AUUUCUAAGUACUACCUAGGUUACACACAAAACGUCAUCACACUACUGUUUGAUGUGGUCUAGUUUGUGUUGUGUGUCACACUUGUACAAACAAACAAGGUUAAAUUUUUAAGGUUAUUUUAUUUCUUUCUUCGAUUUUCAGAGCAACAAACAACAACGAACGAACCUCUCUAAACCCUUUUCCGGAGACUAUGACCACCGUGACGGAGCCAAUUCAAAACGGAACUUUACAAUCAGAACCACUCACCUCCGAAACAAUUUUAGAUCCCACCGCCAAUCCCUCAACGGAGGAAUCAGAUUCCGCAGAGAAAAGAUGGCCUGGUUGGCCUGGUCACUGCGUUUUCCGGUUAAUUGUUCCGGUUCUUAAAGUCGGCAUCAUCAUCGGUCGCAAAGGUGAACUCAUAAAAAAGACUUGUGAAGAAACUCGUGCUCGCAUUCGUGUUCUUGAUGCCCCAGUUGGUACUCCUGAUCGAAUCGUACUUAUAUCAGGGAAAGAAGAUUUGGAGGCACCUCUUUCUCCUGCAAUGGAUGCUGUAAUAAGGAUUUUUAAACGUGUUUCCGGAUUAACAGAAACUGAUGAUAGUAAUACAGCAUCAGGAGCUGCAGCGGCUGCAUUUUGUUCAAUACGUUUAUUGGUGGCCUCGACGCAAGCUAUCAAUUUAAUAGGAAAGCAGGGUUCGUCGAUUAAAACUAUACAGGAAAAUAGUGGUGCUGCUAUUAGAGUUUUGUCUGGAGAGGAGCUUCCAUCUUAUGCUGGUCCCGAUGAGAGGAUUGUGGAACUGCAGGGAGAAACCUUGAAGGUCCUUAAGGCUCUGGAAGCUGUAGUCGGGCACCUGAGGAAGUUUUUGGUCGAUCAAGGUGUUAUUCCCCUAUUUGAGAAAACUUGCAAUGCAACAAUCUCCCAAGACCGCCAGGCGGAUGCCUGGGCAGACAAACCAUCACUGCACAGUGCUUCACAACCUAGCAUUGUUGCUGAUAUUCCUCUGUCAUCAAAAAGGGAUUCUUUCUUUGCUGACCGUGAAAGUCAAUUGGAUUCAUUGCUCUCUUCCUCGACAAUGUCACUAUAUGGACAAGAUUCUUCAAUUUCUGGUCUUCGUUCUUCAGCAUUUAAUCGUGCCAAUGCUUCCAUUGUAACUACGGUAAUACAAACAAUGCAAAUACCACUGUCCUACGCAGAGGACAUAAUUGGUAUUCAAGGGACUAACAUUGAUUACAUUCGCCGUACUAGUGGAGCCAUAUUGACUGUUCAGGAGAGCAGGGUGCCUGAUGAAAUCAUUGUGGAAAUAAAAGGCACUUCAUCUCAAGUUCAAACAGCACAACAAUUGAUUCAGGAAGUUAUAACCAAUCACAACGAAACCAUCGCUAGUAAUUAUGGCAGGUUAGAUGCAGGCCUGAGGUCUUCUUACUCUCAAUUGGGCAGUUCAUCCUAUCCCUCAUCAUCCUUGCCCUCACAACAACCCUACAAUGGGUAUGGAUCUUCCGGUCUAGGGGACUAUAGUACUUUCAGACUUUAAAUUGGUCUCUCAACGGGGACAUCAUCUUGAGCCAAGUUAUCCCAGUUGGUUCUGAUUGGAGAGGAUUAAUGCUGGAAUGUGUAAUCUAGUAACAAAAAGAAUAUUUUCUUUUAUCUGAUAUACCAUCAUUUGAUGGUGUAAUUUUAAACGCGGCCAAGAGUUGUGUAAUGCAAUAGAAAAUGUUAAUGGAAUAUUAAGUUGUUAACCAUUUUCUGGAUGUUCAGUUUCGUAGUGUAUAUGUGCAGACUCUUUAAGGCUUAACCUUAGGAUCUAUAGAGUGGCUUUGAAACUGUAUUUUAUAUCUAUUUGUUUUUAAGUUUGCACUGCCAA